AGAAAAUCUAUUAGGCAUUUAUUUAAAGCCGCUAGAUUUUAGUAUACAACCAAACAUAUCUACUAAUUUUUUUUAAAUAGGUGUUGUGUAGAUUGAGCUAUUUCUUGUUAUCAACUUGCUGAUAAGUUACGUAUAUUUGUUACGUAUAUUUGUGUUAACAUGUUUGAAUACACAUUUUUGUUUGUAUGCACAUACAAUAUUUUAAAAUCAGAAUAUAUUAGUUAGUUAAUGAAAAAAGACAAUCGAGAUUGUGUGUGAAUUCAAUUCUUUAUUUUUAUUAAAAAAAAUAAGUGUCAAGAAUACAUGAUAAUUUUUUCUGCGCAGUUAAAAUAUCUCGAUAUCAGAUAUAUCUUUGAUAACCAACCAAUCAAUAGAAAAGAAAUGUUUUGCUAUGUAUUUCUCAUUAGUCACUAGCGCAUUAAUAUAUUUAAUUACUAAUAACGUAGAAUAGAGGGGAACUAACAAGACCUUUUGUAAGUCGACCAAAUUAGACCAGACUUAACAAAGGAUGGAGAAAUACGGCUAUUGUAUCUCCUUCACUGUUAUGUCACUAACUUCGUAAUUCCAAGUUUCUAGAAAGUCUAGACCUUGUUGAGAAUAGUAAAUUGGUCUCUCUUCCUUUCUCUCUCUCUCUCUCUCUCUCUCUCUCUCUCUCUCUCUCUCUCUCUCUCUCUCUCUCACUUUUUUUUCUUUUUUUCCUGUAUAUUGUUUUCCAAAGACACCUUUAUUAAAAAAUAAAUUAAGUAAAGUUUGUGUGCCAAAGAAAUACACAUCUUAAAUAUGCAUUUUACAUUUCUAAACGUGAAAAAUAGAUCAAGAAUACAUAAGAAGCGCAACAACCGAUUUGAAAUGAAAUACAAAAAAAGAAAAAAGCAUAAAACUGUAUCAAGCUGUGCAUCGGAGGCUCGAAGAAAAUCUAACGAGCCGAGCAUGCGAGACUCGUCGAGAGGAAGAAAUGACGCAAUUCCCGCACAAACAGUAAGUCGAGGAGAUAUACGCCUACACCGAGGCGGUAUCUCCGUGCGAGGCAGCAAGGUUCGUGAAUAGUUAAUGCAACAAAACACGCCAGAGGCCGAUGUCCUUGAUCGGUGAUCGGCUUCGAGUCGGCUCCCCGCUGUCUCAAUUCACUAGAAUGAUAUCGAUCGCGCGACGAGAGGCGUUCUUCCGUCUCGACAUCGGGUCGCGGAGUUUACGACCCGGGGACCAGCCUCGAGGAAAGUGGGAAAGCGGGCGCGCGCGCGAGGCUAGGACGGGGAGGCUAGGGCGCCUGCGAGACCUAAAUCCACCACUGCGCACCGCCACGUUCUCUCCCUUCCAUCCUUUUUUCUCCUGAACGGCACAGCGGCCGCAUGAACCAGUGCCAAACGCACGCAUGCUGCGGUCUUUUCUCUCCCUUCCCACCCGCCGCCGCGCGUUUUACUCCGUGAUCCGCAUCCGUCAGUAAGUCGCGGGCCGCCGACACGCGAGGUGUUACCUUUGUGCUGAGUACCACGUGAGGACACGCGGAACUUGACUCUCGGUGUUUCGCGCUCCGAAAGAGAGACGGAGAGAGAAAAAACGCGAUAAAAAGACGAGGGGGGAAAGAAAAAAAGAGAAAAACCAAGAACGGAGCAGACACCGCGCUCACAGACGCAUACCGACCGCAUUUAAGAAUCCGAGCGCGCGUUUCCCAUACCAAGUAAGGGUAGAUCGAUCAGUAUCCCGAGGUUGUAGAGAGAUACUUAACUUUUAAACAGCCGUGAGAUGCGAGAGGGCCUAGCGAUCGGAUUCCAUGCGGCUACCUUUCUGCUGUACGCUUUCGCGGUUUAUUACGAUUACACGUACACGAUCGUGCCGGACAAUGUCACGAGCAUGCACAACGCCUACGGUGGAAAGUUCAAGUUCCUAACGUUCUGGGAUGCGAUUCUACAAGCAUUAUUCUUUUUGAUAUGUCUCGUAAACGAUUUAUUUGGUACGAAUGCUGUAAACCCCAAGAAACCGCCCUUCACGCGGAAAUUAAAAGAUUAUUUCCACGCAAGCCUAGGGUUUCCCAUUGCUAUGUUCGUUGGCGUGACCUUCUGGGCGUUAAUGUUCGUGGACCGUGAAUUGGUAUUGCCGAAAGCGUUGGACCCAUACUUUCCAUGGUGGUUAAACCAUUUAAUGCACACGAUGAUCAUGGUGACGACUAUGUUGGAGAUAAUCGUCGCACCGCGGCAAUAUCCCAAGCGAUCUUGUGGCCUCGGAAUACUCGCUACCUUCAUGCUCACGUAUUUAAUCUGGAUACACGUAAUCUAUUAUAAAAGCGGCGUUUGGGUGUAUCCCGUGAUGGAGGUGUUGACGCAGCCACUACGGGUUUUAUUCUUUGCCGUACUACUGACAUUCUGCACGAUCCUAUACUUCGUUGGGGAUACGCUGAACAACAUCAUCUGGGGUAACGAAAACACAAAGCAUAAAAAGUCACACGCCAAAUCCAAGUAGCCUCGCCCAAGCGUUCCUAACGGGUGAUAAAAAGCCACCACGGUCUCUGCCUGCCGCCUGCGGUGUUGGUGAAUAAACAAAAUGGAUCUUUUCUACACCCUCCGUUGCAGCAUGCACAAUGUAUAAUAUGUCAGAAGUAAAUGUCAUUUAGAAUAUUAGUGCUAUGUAUGUGCAUGCGAGGCGCAGUAUAAGGUAUAACAGUGAGGACUUGCGUGAUCGUUAACCCGGCGCGGUGGAGAUAACACGAAUGAACAGGAGCAGCAUGCAAGGUGCAACGCAUUUCCAACGCGAUCACGGACCAAGGGGGACUAAUCCGUGGGUAUAGUGUAUUUUUCUUCUCAUUUCCCUUUUUUUCUUCUUGCGCGCCAAACGAAUAAAACGAUGCCUCAUAUCAAUCCCUCAUCUUCCCUUCCGCUCAUGAUAAUACUUAUUUUUGUACUUUCGUAGCGAACGACCUAUUAUAAAUAUAUAUUAUUGUUUUUACAAAAAAAGUUGUAAUACGGUGCACGUAGAAUACGUGUGUAAUAUAAUGCAUAUAAUGUACGAUGUAGCAUACGUAAAAAUUUGCCCGAACUAAAGUCCAGGUAUAUUUGUGUGAUCGAGUGUAGGAAAAAAA